AUGAGUAUCUCAGCCUGGUUCACGGGAAACACAGCAACUGGCUAUAUAGCCCUUUCAGAUGACAAUGAUCGUAAUAGAAUAAAUACAAGGAAGAGAAAUCUCGCUCUAGCAGCUGCUAUUGCAGUUGGCGUGGUCAUUAUUACAGUUGGUAUGUUCCAUGAUUACAGAUGGCACGAUGGCAUCUACCGACCAUUGCCCGGCAGAGGCAGACAUGGCGGUAUUCACCAUGGAGGUAGUCACCAUGGAGGAAUCUCCAAUUUGUGGAGCAAACAAUUGCUAUUGUCUUUUGACGACAACUCUGAUAUUGGCAAGCCUGCUCAUGGGUCACAAAAAGUCGAAGAUGUAUUUCAAGUGUAUGCACCACCAGAAGAUAUUGGUGAACUGGUGCUGAACAAAACUUUAAUUGACAAUUAUGUAUUCGACAAUUCGUAUGGCAAGCCAUUUGUUGUUUCAUAUACAGCCCCUGACCAGGAGUUCACUCAUGUCCGUCUUACACUAAACGCUACAACUUAUGGUCGUCAGUUUGAUAGAUUGGCUCAGGUAUACCUAGGAGGAAGCGAGAUCUGGAGAACAUCGACUGCUGAACCUGGUCAUCGUAACAUCAGUUUUAGCUAUGUCAAGGAUGUGUCAAAAUACGCAUCUCUAUUCAAGACGUCGGAUAUUGAUUUUACCUUUGCGUUGAAUAACAUUGUUGACGAGGUAUACACGGGUCCUAUCACCGUUUCUCUCAGUGCUCAAUAUUUUAAUGUCCCCGAAACAAGGUCGACUUCUGUUGCUGAACUUCUCAAGAAAGACGUGACAUCACCCGACCAAGUCAUUGCCAUAGCACCUCCCACCGGUCUUUCAUGGUCAGCUCCAUCUCAAAAAAUCUCGACAAAAUUACCUGCUCUUCCUAAAGAUGCUGCUCGUGUGGUUGUUGAUGUGUUUGCAUCUGGCAAUGCUGACGAGGAGUUUUGGUACAGUCAUCUCUUGGAUCCCUACUCCGACUGGUUCCCCAACGGAGCUAAUGAGUUUGGAAAACACGGUCCUACCCGUCUUGUCGAGGUUCAUAUUAACGGAGUUUUGGCCGGUGUAGCCAUUCCAUUCCCUGUUAUUUACACUGGUGGUUACUCGCCUCCUCUAUGGUCUAAGAUUGUUGGUACCAACACCUACGAUGUUCCAUCCUACCAAAUCGAUAUCACACCGUUCCUUCCAUAUCUAUGGAGCGAAUCCGGUUCUGCCAUCUCACUCCGAGUUGUUAAUGGCGACAAAAGUGAGUCGGCGAAGACCCUUAUCAGCGAAGACUGGAUUGUCAGUGCUAAUGUGUUAGUUUGGCAAGUACCAGGAGUUCAAGGAUCGGGUGUUAGUGACAUUCCUAAGAACAAGGAUUCCCUAACAAGAAUCGUGUCACCUCGAUACGACAGCCGAGUGUCGCAAAUUAUCGCAUUUUCCGACUCUAUUUCCACCAGUGCUCGUCUCGAAUAUAUUGGAACUGACGGUGAGAAAGAAGACCUGACUGUUGGCUGGCAACAAAAACUUGCUCUGAGUAAUGUUCAAAGCGUUUCAAACGGCGGAGAUAAGCACGAGAUCGUGUUCUCGUCAUCCACCGCCAACAAACUGGUUGUUGAUGACGAUUUCGAGGCUGUUAAUGCUCAAUUCAAAGAAAGCCACGGACUCGUACUGAACUUGAAAUACGACUCUUUUGAAGACUCGUUCAAGAUCUCGUAUGUUCGAGGAGUCUCCACCAACGACGCCCUCGGCCUGACUAGCGCUGGCCAGAACGGCACCUCUGCCUUUGCAUUCACCGGACCUCGCCAAGUCAGCGGCCACGGCGACCUCGAAACUAACUACACCCGCCAAUCCUACAUCACCGAUGAGAAAUACCACCGCCACGUGCGAGCAGCCAACGGCUCGGUCCUCUUCGACCACGUCGACUGCUCUAAACCGGGUCUCUACAGCGUUGACUCCGUCUCACCCAUCGAAUCGCUCAUCCAGCUCGACGGGCUCGACCUCAGCUUCUUUGCCUCCAACGAGUAA